AUGCGCCUUGACCUGAAGGAGUACAAGGGGUUUAUCGAGAAUGAGAUUUUACUGGCAUUGGCACAAAUGGACAAGCCAAGUCAAAUCUUCGACUACCUCUACCUGGCUAACCUCCCCCUUCGGCUCCCCCUACAGGGCCCGUUUGUCGCCUGCAUGAUCGCCAUUUUGAACCAGAUGGACGACCACCAUUAUGCGCGCUACAUCAACACCUUCAAGACCCGCCAUGACAUCAUCGACUUCCUGAUGGAGACGUUUAUCAUGUUUAAGGACCUGAUCGGGAAGACAGUGUAUCCGUCGGAUUGGAUGGUGAUGAACAUGGUGCAGAACAGGGUCUUCCUCCGCGCCAUCGAUCAGUUUUCAAGAGUGCUCACUCGCCUCUUCCUCGACCUGGCCAACUUCGAGUUGCAGGCGCUAUUUCAAUGCCGGGUCUCCCUGGUAGACCCACGCCAUUUUCUUUGCCACGGUCUGGCGAAAACGGUGGACCCGCCCAUCGUGGCGCCGCCAUCACCUCGCUGCACGCAAAGAUGGCCGCUGCGACGCCAUGACACCUCGGUCUCCCCACCGACCCCUCGGGGAAUUUGGACUUCAGAGCAGUAUUACAAGGUCUCGGCACUCAGCGGGAACUUUCCAACCUCUCAUUCGUAUGGGGACAUGAGGAAAGCGAUGGGAUUCCAAAUCCGGGAUAUGUGGUACAAUCUCGGUCCUCACAAGAUCAAGUUCAUCCCGGGGAUGGUGGGACCGAUCCUGGAGAUGACUCUGGUUCCUGAGCCUGAGCUGCGGCGGUCUAGUAUCCCCAUCUUCUUCGACAUGAUGCAGUGUGAAUACAGCAUGAACUACUCAUUCCACGCGUUUGAGAACGAACUCAUUACGAAACUCGACCAGGAGGUGGAGGGAGGACGGGGCGAUGAGAACUACAAGGUCAUUUUGGAGAGAAUGAUGACCGAUCUCCCGCUGUUGACCUUCUAUAAGGAGAAGAAACGGGAAGAUAUUUACAUCAGGUACCUCUACAAACUGCGGGACCUCCAUCGGGACUGUGAGAACUACACCGAGGCUGCCUACACCCUCUUGCUGCACGCUGAGCUGCUGCAGUGGUCAGACCAGCUGUGCGCUGCCCAUCUCAUCCACCGUGAGGAUUGCCAAGCGUUGACCAACCGAGAGCUGAAGGAGAGACUCUACCAGGAGAUCAUCUGUUACUAUGACAAAGGCAAGAUGUGGGAGAACGCCAUCCAACUCUGCAAAGAGCUGGCCACUAUGUACGAAGAGGAGGUCUUCGAUUAUGAGGAGCUGAGCCGCCUGUUGACGCAACAAGCCACCUUCUACAAGAACAUCAUGAAGGCCAUGAGGCCCCUCCCAGAGUAUUUUGCAGUCGGAUACUACGGGCAAGGCUUCCCGGCCUUCCUGAGGAAUAAGAUGUUUAUUUACCGUGGGAAGGAUUAUGAACGCUAUGAGGAUUUUCACCUGAAGCUGACCACCCAAUUUCCCAACGCGGAGAAAAUGACCAGCACGUCUCCGCCCAGCGAUCAGCUGAAGCUCUCCCCGGGCCAGUAUAUUCAGUGUUUCGCUGUGAAACCCAUGCUUAACCUCCCAACCCAGUACCAAGACAAGCCUGUCCCAGAACAGAUACUGAACUUCUACCGAGCCAAUGAGGUUCAGCAGUUCCAGUACUCCAGGCCGUUCAGGAAAGGAGAGAAGGAUCCCGGGAAUGAAUUUGCGACGACAGAACCCCUCAUCUCUGAGAUCAAUCGGGGGUGUACCUGGUCUGAGCUGCCUCCAAUGCCACACCUACCCUCAAAUAAGGGCACCAAAACUCCACGUGAUACUCCAGGUGCGGCCUCACCAACACCUCGUUCGAUUGCAACAAUACUUGCCUUUACAUUCUGUUUCUUUCGCGACAAAAGCCAUAAAUAUCGCUAUAAAUUAGCAAUCUUUAUUAGCUGCU